UAGACCGUUUUCGGGACCAGUUAUGCCGCUCGCUUCGCCUCUUCCUCUCUGCCUACAUUUGAAGGCCCGCUACUAGCGCAACGUUAUUGUUAUUUCAACUGCAGUCUCUUUGCGAGUGAUUUGAAAUGCCGUUGCUCCAUCACAAAUGUCUUUAUGUUUUAGUUGUUUAUAGUAACAUUGCUCAUGUAGUUGUAUGUUAAUCUAUUCAAACCCUGCAAUAUAUAUUUGGUGACAAACUACACACCUGGACAUAAUUUGUGGCAAAAAAACCUAUCCAGUAACGGAAUUUUUAAAAUACUUUUCGCUGCAUAAUAAGGCCUCAUCGAUCCUCGGCCUUUCGUACGGAUUUUAACCGAUUUCUUAUGCUUGGCUGGCGUCCUCUGCAGCAACCAGACAAUUCAAAUCCAGGUUCCUGACCAUGGCCUGUACAGUGUGACAGGCACCUAGUCCCAGUGAAGUGAGACAACCGUUAACCUGUUACUGGCACUGCCCUGUGCUGCUUCAGUACCCUCACCUUUUUAACUAUAUAUAUUAAGCACUCAAUGCAACCCUAACGUAUUUCCAAUUUAGACUAUCACGUGUAGUGCUGUCCCAUUCUCAGUAGAUUUAGGGCUAACUGUCAGUCAGACACAGAGCAGUGCUAGUUCCCAUAUACUCCCAGUAUGGCGUCGGUUCCAGUAUACUGCCUGUGUCGCCUACCCUAUGAUGUCACACGCUUCAUGAUCGAGUGUGACAUCUGUCAAGACUGGUUCCAUGGAAGUUGUGUUGGAGUGGAGGAAGACAAAGCAGCAGAGAUUGACCUGUACCACUGCCCCAACUGUCAGGUCACCCAUGGGCCCUCUGUCAGUUCUGCAGUGAGAAAGCGGCGUGGAGGAACCAAGCAGGCUGAUGCUGGAGCCACUGGAGGAAGAGACACUUCUGGUCGACCGGUAAAGACUGGCACUCCACAGUUUGUCAGUGAGCUACGUAGCCGCACCUUCCCAAGUGCUGACGAGGUGCUGUUGAAGCCGUCGGGGGCCCAGCUGACUGUGGAGUUCCUGGAGGAGCGUUCCUUCAGUGUUCCCGUGAUGGUCCUCAGGAGGGACGGCUUGGGCAUGAGCCUUCCCCCGGGGAACUUCGGAGUCAAUGACGUAGAGCACUAUAUUGGUCCAGACAGGGUGAUUGAUGUGAUUGACGUGUCUCGCCAAGCUGACCUGAAGAUGUGUCUAGGGGACUUUGUGGAGUACUACAACAGCCCCAACAGAGACCGGGUCCUCAAUGUCAUCAGCCUGGAGUUCUCUGAGACCAGGCUGUCCAAUCUGGUGGAGACUCCAAAGAUAGUGAGGAAGCUAUCGUGGGUAGAGAACCUGUGGCCUGAGGAGUCUGUGUUUGAGCGGCCCAACGUCCAGAAGUACUGCCUCAUGGGGGUCAAGGACAGCUACACAGACUUCCACAUCGACUUCGGAGGCACCUCUGUCUGGUACCAUGUACUACAGGGUGAGAAGAUCUUCUACCUGAUCUCCCCCACAACGGCCAACCUGGCCCUGUUUGAGCACUGGAGCUCCUCGUCCAAUCAGAACGAGAUGUUUUUCGGGGACCAGGUGGACAUGUGCUACAAGUGUUCCGUCAAACAAGGAAACACGCUCUUCAUCCCAACAGGAUGGAUCCAUGCUGUGCUGACUCCUGUGGACUGUGUGGCCUUCGGAGGGAAUUUCCUACACAGCCUCAACAUUGACAUGCAGCUCCGAGCAUAUGAAAUAGAGAAGAGGUUGAGUACAGCAGACCUGUUCAGGUUUCCAAACUUUGAGACAGUGUGUUGGUAUGUUGGCAAGCACCUGCUAGACACAUUCAGAGGUCUGCGAGAGAACCGCAGACACCCUGCUUCCUACCUGGUCCACGGAGCCAAGGCCCUCAACAAUGCUUUCCGCAUGUGGACACGCAAAGAGUCGCUGACUGACCACGAGGUGGAGAUUCCAGAGACCAUCGAGACUCAGCGGCUAGUGAAGGACCUGGCCAAGGAGAUACGACUGGUUGAGGACAUCUUCCAGCAAGGCCGUCCUGCGGCUCCUUUCACCUCUACACAGGGCUUCCCCACCCCCCUCCCCAAAGCCUCCCCUCUAGCUGUCUCCCAGAGUCCAAGCCGCCCCCCAGGGAGGAAGAGAGGCCCCAAACCCAAGGAUAUGUCCCCCAGCCCCAAGAAGAAGGGUCAAAAGGGCUUAAUGAAAGAGGCAGGCGAGUUGGACCUCCUGGAGAUCCACACCAAACACACACUGAAGAAAUUCCAAUGUGGGAACAAGAAAAACAAGAAGUUAGAGCUGCCUCAGGAGUUUGCAGGGAAAAUGAGCAAGAGCAAACUGAAACUGGUGCUGACCAAUGGCAAAAUACAGGGGAAGAAGGGAGGUCGUUCAGGCAUAAGUAACAGUGCGGGCCGUGCCUCUCAAUUCCAGCACCAUUCUAUGGGAGGGUCUACCUUGUCAGAUUUUGAGUCCGAGGACGAACUGCAGAUUGAUGAAACUCCCCCUCCACGACGCAAGGCUGGAGGAUCUAACAAGAAGAAACUCAGUGGUCUCCCCCGGAAGCUACCAAGGGCCAAGCCUUGCUCUGACCCCCAUCGCAUCAGGGAACCCGGAGAGGUUGACUUCGACAUUGAAGAGGACUACACUACAGAUGAGGAGGAGACCAUGACUGUCCAUGGAGUGAAGGGUGGAGCCGGGGGCAUCCUGGACCUGCUGAAAGCCAGCAAACAGGUGGCAGGGCUGGACUCUGCUCUCAGUGAGGAAGCGCCAGCCUCUCCCAGCACACGAGAAGCCAUUCAGGGCAUGCUCUCCAUGGCCAACCCUCCUUCCUCUUCCUCCUCUUCUUUGUCAUCCUCCUCUUCCUCCCCUCUCUCUGUCUCUGGAGGGCUGUCUGAGGGACUGGGAUUAGUCAAAGAGAAAGGAGGGAGAGCCGUGUGGGUGACAGGAGACAAUAAGAGCAGAACAGGAAGUGCCUCUAAAGAGAAGACGACGUUCCAGCGCCCCGGGAAACGGCCUGUCAAGCGGCCGGUCCAUCACCUUAGUGAUGAGGAGAGCACAGAUGAGCAGGAGACUCUUGGCACCUGUUUUAAAGACGCAGAGUAUGUCUAUCCGUCCUUAGAGUCUGAUGAGGAGGACCAGGUCAAGAGGAAGAGGAACUGGGGCGACACUCCUUGGAGCCCCAAAGCCCGGGUGACCCCCACCCUGCCCAAACAGGAGCGCCCAGUAAGGGAUGGGGCCAGAGUGGCGUCUGUGGAGACUGGCCUCGCUGCAGCUGCUGCCAAACUGGCACAACAGGAGAUCCAGAAACCCACCAAGAGGAAAUACACCAAAAGGCCCCGCCCUAUUGCCCCACCACAGCCCCCUCGGGCUGAGCCGUCUCCUCCCUCCCCCCCUCCGGCCCCGGAGCCUCCCACCCCUGACUUCAGCCCUGAGCGGAGGAUGGAGUGCUACUCUGCCAGCCUACUGGACCAUGAGUACACGGCAGGCCCUGGCCCGUUCGGUCCUGGAGGCCCCAGAGGGAGUGCUGCUAUGGCUCCUGGGGUGUUCCUCACCUCCAGACGACCCUCCCUCUCCCCCCAGAACAGCAGCACUUACUCCCCCUCAGCAGCCUCCCCCGCUGGGCUAGCCAGCCCCGGCAGCGCUGGAGCUGGUGGAGGGAAACGUCCAAAGAAAGGACUUGCAACAGCAAAACAGAGACUAGGAAAGAUUCUGAAAAUACACCGCAAUGGGAAGCUUCUCCUGUGAGAUGCUUUCGGAGAUAUGGAUGGGGAAAGAUUUUUAGGAAUGAUUCUCGGAGGAAAGAUGGAUGCAAUUUUAAAGAGGACUUAAAGGACGUGACUGCUUUAAGAGACUGUUUAUUUUGUUCUAUAAUUCAACUUUUGUUCAUCUGGUGUCCUCACCUAAACCUGUCAUCCACUCAUGUUCCACCCUAUACCCCUUCCCAGUCCCAUUUAAUAAUUAAUCAUUGCUUGAAUCUAUAUAGCGCUUUUCUAGCGCUGAAAUAUUCACAUUCUGCUUUGGUACUCUGCUUUCACAUUUGGGAUUAUUCAUACCUUCAUAUGAAUAUAUUGAGAAGCAUAUCAACAUUUAGUUGGUCAUGCACUGCUCAGAUCAAUGGAAAACAUAUGGUCAAUUAAUUGAUCUGUCUAAUCAUCAAUCAAACCAUUUAACUUACAUGAAGGAAUCAUGUAUUCAUCAAAUUGGCAAUGAAAAAUGUCUGAAAUCUAUUUUAGUUGAUAAGUUAUAUGACCCAUUCUUCCUUUGACGUGGGUCUCCUUUUAAUGUGCACAAGCGCGCAGGAUUGAGGGCAAUGGGGUGAAUGUUUUAAAUGGGAAAUAAUGCAUUUCCUGACAAUUCAGUCAAAUGGGAUUUUGAGUUCGUUUUUAGUUUGGGAUUAUUUAUUUUCAAAUAGCUUUUAUAUUUAUUUUGUGGUAGUAGGAAUGCUUGCCUUUCCAGUUCUGUGUUCUCACCUCACUUUCAACACCUCAAGUUCACGCCAUCUUUUGUAUUUAUUUGACUACUCUAGGUUAUUCCUUUUAUUCACCACCUGGGUUUUUCUUUUUCCCCCAUGUACAUAGCAACCAAACCUUUUUAAAGGAACAGUGCAGUCAAAAAUGUAUUUUUGUUCUGUGUUUUUAUAUAUAUUUUCACACUGAGGUUGGAAUAAUAUUGUGAAAAUUAUGAUUAUUCCCUUUUAGUGUACAAGCUGUUUGAAAAGUCCACCUGGAAUUUCAGCCUGUUUUAGUCGGAUGGAGUAUUGGUCUGCCUGGUGACUAAAUUAGUUUAAUAGACCAAUAAGAAAGAGUUCCAAACCACUGACAAUAACAGCUAGUUUUCGGUUUUCCCCUCCCCACUCAGACCACUCCCAGACAGUCCUAGCAAAAUUUUUACUUGAGAAAUUGCUCUUUUGCUUAAAAAAAAAACUUUUAUUUUUGUACAUUUAAAAAAAAAUAAAAAAAAUACUAAAAAAAGCACCACGAGGUAAUUAAUUGUUUCCCAGAAAAUAUUUUAUAUUGAGAUAACAGCAACAUUGGACAUUUUUAAUUAUGUGAAACCUGUCAGAGUUUUCACUUGUGUUUUUGAUUCUAUUCAUUUAACAGAUUGGUACCUAGGUUACAUUUAACUCACAUCUGGAUGAAGUUGUGUUUUUAGAUGUGUAUAUUUUUGAAUUGAUAUAGCCAUCCGUUCCAUUAGUACUGUUAUGACAUGAACAGUCUGGUUCCUAAUACUUUUCCAAUCCACCAUGGUUUGUAUUCAAGUCUUUAGUAUUAUACACUUGAGCCAGCAGUUGUAGAAUGCAUCCCAAAUGGUGCCCUAUUCUUUAGUGCACAAUUUUUGACCAGGGCCCAUUUGAGUAGCAUACGAUUUCAGGAAUAGGGUGCUGUUUGGGACGGAGCCGUAGAAUGUGUUUUAUUUAAAGAACGUGCUACACAUUUAGACAUGCAGAGUUGUAGUUUUAUCUAAGGAUAUUGAAGUCGGGAAGCUAUGGAUUUGAUAAUGAUUCCGAAAUGUACAUAAUUGUUGGAAUUUUGUUUUUAUAUAGUUCAAAGGAAGUAUUUCUUAACAUACCUUGUAUAAAAUAAAUGUCAUUUGGAGAACUGUAUGCAAUAGUCUAAAGUAUUGUUUUUUUAAAAAUUUGUAUGCAGUAAUAAUUGUCAUUCUGUUUAGUUGGUUGUGUUAUAAUUAAGCAGUAAGGCCCGAGGGGGUGUUGUAUAUGGCCAAUAUACCACUGCAAAGGGCUGUUCUUAAGCAUGACGCGACGUGGAGUAGCCGCGGUAUAUAGGUCAUAUACUACAAACCCACAAGGUGCCUUAUUGCUAGUAAUUAGAGCACUAAAAAUACAUGUUUUGCCAUACCUGUGGUAUACAGUCUGAUAUACCAUGGCUGUCAGCCAAUCAGCAUUCAGGACUCGAACCACCCAAUUUAUAAUGGCAGUAAGGCACCUCGGGGGGUGUGGUGUAUAUGGCCAAUAUACCACGACUAAGGGCUGUUCUUAUGCACGACGCAACGCGGAGUGCCUGGACACAGCCCUUAGCCGUGGUAUAUUGGCCAUAUACCAUAAAUGCCUGAGGUGCCUUAUUGCCAUUAUAAACAGGUUACCAAUGUAAUUAGAACAGUAAAAAGUAAUUUUUUUGUCAUACCUGUGGUAUAGUCUGAUAUAUCUUGGCUUUCAGACAAUCCGCAUUUAGGGCUGGAACCACCCAGUUUAUAAUGAAGUUUGUUCUCAGUAGCUCUGCUCUUAUUGUUUUAUCUGUUUUCCCUAAUGUUAUCAUUUUAGUAUUAAUAAUAUUUACUCUUGUCAAUGUAUCUGUUAGAUGUGAAUUGACCUGGAGGAGAUAUACUUCCCUUAUUAUUUGUGUGGCCUGCAGUUGUUCACCAAAAAGGCCCUGUACUCACUCAUGUUGUACUACUGAUGUACGCAUUUUAACAGAAUGGUUGUGUGAUAUACUACAGAGUUUGUCUGUACAAAGUUUCAAACAUCACUUCUGUAAUAAUUGUUGUGCUAAAAAAAAACUUUGUUGUGCCACAACAGUUGUGUGAAUUGUGUUGUACAUCAUUUGUACAACCUGAGUAUACAAGACCAAAUAGUACAACCUUUUUAUUGGGCCAGUACUGUUACAUUGUUUGUUUUACUACUCUUUUCUCUGCAGUUGACCCCUGUCUUAAACCAUACCUGGGUUAAAACACUAUUUGAAAUCAUUCAAAAUACUUUAGCUGUGCUCGAUUGAGCUUGCCUGUUGCAGUGAAACCAAUAGAAGUCCCAAUAGUGCAAACCCUUCCCACCAGACCUGGCACUCCAGGCAGGCUGAAGCAAACGCUUAAAGUAUUUGAACCAUUAGAAAUAGUGUUUCAACUCAGAUCUGUCUUCUACCAGUUUAAAAGCUUCAUAGCUGGACAUAUGGUGGCGACACUGAAACGCACAUCAAUCUCAACUGUAUGUUCAAGAUUAAUGGUUCUGACUGCUAUUAUUGUAAUGAUAUUAAAACAAGGAACAUUUUGCAUUGUAUUAAACACACCAAUACUUUA